AUGGAACAAUCUAAUGUAAAUAAUGAAAAAAUCAGUGGAAUACAAGAACGAGUGGUUCAAGUCCCAUUACAUGAAGCUGCGUAUUUGCACUGCGUAAUACCACACUUGCAUCAAAAUAUGGUAGCAUGGACACGUUUACGUGAUGAGGCAUUACUGACUGCUGGUCAGCAAUCCUUUACAACUGACCCUAGAUUUCAAAUAUCUUUGAAGCCUUCUGAAGCUGAUUGGAUGUUAAUUAUUAGGCGAACUGAAAAGUCUGAUUCCGGUUGUUAUUUGUGUGAAGUAAAUACAGAACCAAAAAGUACUGUAUACGCCGUUUACUUAAAUGUUUUUGGACGAACAACAAAUUUAAUGGCAAAUAUGGUUGGUAAUGAAGUACUGUUGAACUGUACGAUAAUAAUUGGCAAUGAAACAAAUAGUGUAAGCAAUGAAGUAGAAUGGUGGAGGGAUGGACAACUUAUUGACUUCAGAAAUAGUGAAAAAUACAUAUCAAAAGUAAAACGGGAUAGUCACACAAUAAUUCAUAUUUUACGCAUUUUGAGCGCAUCCAGUGAGGAUGAUGGAAGUUACUCGUGUAAAACUUUGGAUGCUCCAGAAUCAACUCAUUUAUUGCAUGUGAAUACAAGUAGGUUUUUGAAUUGUUUUUUAUUUGUUUUCAUGAGUUUUCAAUAUAUCUGAUU